AACACUCGUGUACGUUGACGUUGGAAAAUUUUUCUCUAUUUUUUAUUCUGAUAAACUCUGGUGGGGUGAAAAAAAAUAUAUAUAUACAUAUAUAUUUAUCCCCUUGUCUCUUGUGUUUCUACCCUCUAUAUAUACUCAAUUCCUCCUUCAUUCUAUCUUUUUCUCUCUUCGGUCUAUCUUCUCUAUAUUCAACUGCUCAAAGGGGGAGUAGUUUACCCAAGAGUAGAGAACACCACAGCAGCAGCACCAGCAUCAGCACCGGCGCGGCUCAGUACAAUACCCCCCUCGAUUUUUGCUCAAGCGUCAGUACUAAGGUGGGUGUCCGUACGGGACUCUGGUGCGGUAAGCGCGAUGUCCAGGGAGUGCCCCCGGUGGCGGCGGUGGUGCCUAAUCAUCGGUAAUCAUCAUUAUGACAAUUUCAUACAGUAAAUUGUUAUAUUGUUAUAAUAACAAAAAUAUGUAUUUGUAACUUUCGUAUUUCAUGAGUGAAAACUAAAGUGAUUUUUGAGUGGAAAAAAAAAAAGAUAAAAAGUUAUAAAAAGCUCGCAUUUUUUUUUUCUUUUGUUUAUUUAUAUAUUAAUUAAAUUUAAAUUCAAAAUGAUUACUAGAUAAUGAAUUGGAAAAUAUUGGAUUCUAAAAAUAGUGUUGCUUUAUUUUUUUAUUUUUUUCUAUUUAUUUUGAAAAAUUAAAUAUUUAAAAGCUGGACACAGUUAAAUUUAAAAACAAAAACUAAAAGCUUAAUGAUUUUUUUUUUUUUUGAAAUAUUUUUUUUCUAUUUAUAACGAAAUCAUUUUAUUGAGAUGAGAUAAUAGGAAAAAAAAAAAAAUGAAUUUAAUACAGUGUAUGAUUAAAGAGUGAGUGUUACUGUGCUACGUUUGCAAUAUUCUGCUAGAGUGCGCUAAAUCCAUUGACCGUAUAUUACACGCUAAUCACUCGAUAUAUAAAUUUUCAAAAUAAAGAAAAAUAAAAAAAAAUCUUGAUAAAAUAUAACGAUGAUAAAUUUUUCAUAACAAAAACCAUCACAGAGUUCAUAAAAUUUACAUUGUUUUGAAUAUUAGGCUAUGAUGAGUGGAAAUUAUCGACAGGUGUCAGACACAAUAACAAUUAUGUUAGUAUUGAGAAAAAAAAUAUCAAGACUGUUGUGUUGGCAAAUGGAGAAACGUAUGUUUCUGUCAAGUCGUGGCUUAAGGAUACGGCUUGUUGGCACAAAAAUCGUACCAUUGAUAAAGACAAUUUUAUCAAUUAAAUCGUCAAAAUGGUAGCGGUUUAAAUUUUCGAAAACUGACGAAAAAUAAAAACAAAAUAAAUCAUAAAAAAAUACAGGUGUUUUUAAAAAAAAAUUAUCAAGUUUUUACUGUUGAUUAAAAAAAAAAUUCAGUAACUUGAAAUAAUUAGUGUACUUGAUUUUUUUAUUGCAAUUAUCAUUUUUUUUUACUGGUGUUUGUUGUUAUUGUUGUUGAUAUUGUUGUUGUUAUUGUGGUGGUGCUGGUGAUGGUGUUGAUGGUGCUUGGUGAAGUUAUCAAGUGAAUAUAUAAAUAAAAAAUAUAUAAAUAGUGAUUAAUAUAUAAAGUAGGAAGAAAAGAAGAGAAGAGGUGAGAAUAAUAAAGGAUGCUGGAAUGUUGAAACGGUGUUACUUGAAACGUAAUAAUUUUUGGACCGUUAACGGCAAGUUGGCACGAGUCACAAGUGACGUGUCGUCGUCCUGCGUUAAUCAUAGGCAACCCGGCGUCCGGUAGCUCGUCCGUCCUUUCUCAUCGACGCCCCUGGGCAAUGUGCCCACCCGCCGGCAACGCAACGGGUGGAUACGGCGUACGAUGGUCAGGGAUGCUUGGUCGGACGAAGGUGGGAAAGGUUGGUGCCGAUUAUCGUCCAGAUUGGGCGGAUUUCUGGCGAUGGCGCUCGCCAUAUCAUUGUUUAUUACACCAUUUCCAAGUGCGAGCGCCAAUCCUGAUGCUAAAAGACUGUAUGACGAUCUAUUGUCAAAUUACAAUCGUCUUAUUCGACCAGUUGGUAACAACAGUGAUCGACUCACUGUCAAAAUGGGACUACGGUUAUCACAACUUAUUGACGUGAAUUUAAGGAGUCAAAUAAUGACAACAAACGUUUGGGUAGAACAAGAAUGGAAUGACUACAAGCUCAGGUGGAAUCCUGAAGAAUAUGGUGGCGUUGAAACAAUUCACGUACCAUCAGAACACAUCUGGCUGCCUGAUAUUGUACUUUACAACAAUGCCGAUGGUAAUUAUGAAGUUACGAUAAUGACAAAGGCAAUACUGCAUCAUACUGGAAAAGUUAAAUGGAAACCACCAGCAAUUUACAAAUCAUUUUGUGAAAUUAAUGUUGAAUAUUUUCCAUUUGAUGAACAAACUUGUUUCAUGAAAUUUGGCUCAUGGACAUAUGAUGGUUAUACGGUUGAUCUUCGACAUUUAUUUCAAACAGAAGAUUCAAAUAAAAUUGCUCUUGGUAUUGAUUUAACUGAUUAUUACAUUUCUGUUGAAUGGCACAUAACAGAUGUACCAGCAGUUAGAAAUGAAAAAUUUUAUUCAUGUUGUGAAGAGCCUUAUCCAGAUAUAAUGUUUUACAUAACAUUAAGAAGAAAAACAUUAUUUUAUACAGUUAAUUUGAUAAUACCAUGUGUUGGUAUAUCAUUUUUAUCUGUACUUGUAUUUUAUUUACCAAGUGAUAGUGGUGAAAAAGUAUCAUUAUCAAUAUCAAUAUUACUAUCAUUAACUGUAUUUUUUCUUUUACUUGUUGAAAUAAUACCACCGACAUCAUUAACUGUUCCAUUACUUGGUAGAUAUUUAUUAUUUACCAUGGUACUUGUAACACUAUCUGUUGUUGCAACAAUUGGUGUAUUAAAUGUUAAUUUUCGUUCACCAGUAACACAUCGUAUGGCUAGAUGGGUACGUGUUGUAUUCAUUGAAACAUUACCAAAAUAUUUAUAUAUGGAAAGACCAGGACAAGAUGAUGAUGAUAAUAAUGAUAAUAAUGAUAAUAAUGAUAAUGAUCAAGAUGAUUAUGAGUAUGAUGAUGGUGAAGAAUUUGAUGAUAAACCACCAGAAGUUAUAUUAAAUGAUGUGUUUCAUGUACAUGAGACUGAUAAAUAUGAUCCAUAUGGUAAUAGAUACAGUGAUGGUUAUGAUGUUACUGAUUUACCUGGUCUUCCAACAAUACCACCAGUACCAGUAUCAACUGUAUCAACAAUACCACCUGGUUUAAUUAAUGAUAUACAUUGUAUACCUGGUCCAACUGGUAUUGAAUCAUGUUAUGAUGAAACACUACCAGCAUUACCAUUACCUGGUCCUGAUGAUGAUUUAUUUGCACCAGCAAGUCCUGGUUAUGUACAUGAUGAUAUUAGUCCAACAUUUGAACAACAAAAUCCUAGAGCUGUCGAAAAAACUAUUGAUGAUGCACGAUUUAUUGCUCAACAUGCUAAAAAUAAAGAUAAAUUUGAAAAUGUUGUGGAAGAUUGGAAAUACGUUGCAAUGGUUCUUGAUCGAAUAUUUCUCUACGUAUUUACAAUAGCAUGUAUAGUUGGUACAAUUUCAAUAAUUCUACAAGCACCAAGUUUGUAUGAUGAAACAAAACCAAUUGAUAUUAUUCAUAGUAAAAUUGCACAGAGAAGAAUGAUGCUUAUGAAAAUGGGCCCAGAAGAAGAAGACUAGUUGACAUUUUAUCGCGGCAAGAAUACCGCGUUUUAUUAUGAAAUAUAUUUGUAUAACAAAUUGAUUAAAAAAUGGCACUAUGAAUAUAUUAUAUUCAUUAAACGCCGUUGGUUCGUUGUUAGUUUUGUAAUUGCUGGUUUGCGACGACGACGUGGAAGACGAAAAAAAUAUAAAAAAAUAUAUCACGUGAAUAAUAGAAUAAAAAAUUAUAAUAAUAAAACACUAUGAUUAUUAUUUACAACAACAAAAAAAAAAAACAAUUAUGUAGAAAUAAAAAAAAAUGUCAAACUGCUGCUCGGUGAUGGCAAAAUAGUUCGCGUGGGAAUCACGAACGUAAAAAAAAAUAAAGAAAACAUUCAAGUAAUUCAAAAAUAAAAUAAAUAAAGUAAUAAUAAAAAAAAGUUGAAAAAAAAAAUAGAUGAAAUACAUAUGACGGCGCCGUCGUUGCCGCCCAAGAUACUUAUCGUCAACGUCAAAGGGUAAAAGUCAGACUAGACAAAGUGAAAAAUAAAUAAAAAAAAAAAUACUUCUAAGACGCCAACGGGGUGCGGUGGAAAUGAGAAAUACAAGAAAAGUGCCAAAAAAAAAAAUAAACCAAAAACCAAUUCAAAAAAUAGAAAAAAAUAAAAACAACUCAAAAAAAAAUGCGUGUUGUAUUUUUGUAAAAUCAGGUUUCAUAAGUAUGGUAUUUAAGAGCCAUCAACGGCAUUACUAUUGUCGGAAAAAAAUAUAUACCGAACUGCCGAUUUUAUAAUUGAACAAAAGAAAUUAAAAAAAAUUAAUUUAAAUUAAAUAAAUAAUGGUUAUUUAAUAAUAAACACAAUUUAAGAAAAAAAAAAAGUAAAUAAAAAAUAGAUUAAAGUCUCUUGUACACAUUGAAAUAAAAAAUACAAAAAAUUAAAAAAAAAAAAAAAAAUGAUUGCAUAAAACACAAUUUCACGAGCAUUUAGUAACCACACGCACAAAAAAAAAAAAGGGGGUAGUAGAGUGUAUUGAAUGCCUCGCUAUUCUUUUUCACAAAAAAUAAUUAUUAUUAUUGUUAUUUUUAUUAUUAUUACUAUUAUUAUAAAAAAAAAAAAAAAGACGAUAAACAAUGUUGUAAAAAAGAGGGUAGUUUAUAAGAUGGAAUGAAGAAAAUGUAUGAAUAAAAUAGAAUAAAAAAAAAAUAGCUAACGGGGUGAGGAAAAAGUUGAAGAAAACACAUGUAACAAAUAAUAAUAAUAAUAAUGAUAAUGAUAAUAAUAACAAUAAAUAAUAAUAAAAAGAACAAAAAAAAAAAACUAUAUACAUCGCUUGUAAACAACUGCCAAUUUCAGAAUGGCCUCUAUUCCCGACGUGGAUGAGAGGCAAAAGAACGCAAGGAGGCGAGGAUUAAAGUGGGUUGGAAGUAAAAGGAAUUGAGCACUAAGUAUGUAUGUGUAUGUGUGUGUGUGUGUGUCUAUUUGUGUAUGUUUGUGUACAUUAAAGAAGGAAGCCAGAUAAGAAGAAAGAGGAUAAGUUGAAAGACUGGCAACGAAAGAUUCGAUGUUUUUUUUGAAAAAAAAUAUAUAAAAAAAAAAAAAUACUUAUAAAAAAAAAGAAACAAUGACAAGGAUCGUAGUAAAGUGACAUUGCAGAAAAUAAAAUGCCAACCUUAUACUAUCAUCUUAAAAUUUUUUGGAAAAUAACCAAAAAUGCAAAUAAAAAAAUUCAUAACUAAAAUAUACAAAAUUUUCAUAAGCAAUUGUGAAUGUCAAAAUUGAAAAUAAAGAAAAAAAAAAAAAAGUUUUAUAAAGUACCAGUAAGUAUAUAAAGGUUUGAGACAAAAAUUUUCUUUGAUAUAUUUCGAAACGUGAUAUUGACAGCCAAAAUUAAAAUACUUGGACCUUGAUAUCACGAUGCGAUAUUCGCGAAUAUUUUUGUGACAAUCAAAGGAUAAAUAUGCAGAAAAAUAAAAGUGAGUAAUUGAAUGGAAUAUUAAAAAGUGCUGCCAAUAAAGACAAAGAAUAAAAAAAAAAAAUAAAAAAUAGAAAAUAAUAUGGUGCUUCCAACUCCAUCCCCCUCGCUAUGCGAUUAUAAUAAUCAAUUUAUUUGCUCAUUUAAAGAUAAUGGUAACGUUACUGUGCAUAUAUAUAUUAUAAUAAAAAAUUAAUUUAAAAAAAUAAUAGAAAAAAUAAAUUCAACAUUUAAUUGAAUAAUUAUAAUAAAAAAAAAAAAAAAAACAAUGGACAUUGGGAAUUGGAAUGAUACAAAUAUUGUUUACACAAUAAAUAAAAAAAAAAAAUAAUAAUAAUUGGUCGUUGAAUUGUGAGAGGGCAUUGGGACGAUUUUUUUUUUUUUUUUCAUUUUUAAAUUUUAAUAUUGUUAGGGUGACAUCUCGAUGGGCCAUAAAAAUCAUGCUAGAAAAAAGCCGAAAUAAUAAAAUUAAAAACAUUUUUUAAAUAUAUAUAUAUAAACAAUUUGAGAGAAAAAAAAAUUAACAAAUCAAUAAAUAAUUUCUUUCGUCAUAAAAAUUAAAUAAAUUGACGCGACAACGGUGAGAGAGAAUUUGCGUGAAUAAAAAAAUAUAUAUGGCGUAUGAAAAACGUGACGGUAAAAUAAACAGCAACAAUAAUAAAUUAAAAAAGUAUAAAUUAAUUAUAUUUAAAAAAAAAAAAAUUCUAACUAUAAAUUAAAAGUUAAAUUUCAAGUAGUUGAUAAAUUUAAAAAAAAUAAUAAUCGCACGUGUGUUGAUUUAAUUUAAAAGCGAUUUCAUAAUGUAAAUUAAUGAAUGAUUGAAAAGUGAAAUAAUAAAUAUUAAAUUUAAAAAUAAUCAUGAUGAAAUUUAAAUAAGCACGAUAGGAGACAAUUAAUCUGACGCAUUGUCUACCACUCGUUGCUUGGGAUCGAUUGAUUGACUUUCCUUCUUCGCCCCUGCCAAUCCUUCGAAUAAUUUAUUUUUGAAUAUUCAUUUAUUUUUUAGUUGAUACUUCAAUUAAUCAAGCAUCCUUAUAUCAAUUCAAGAACACUACAAACAUAAAAUUUAUACUCUCUAUCAAAUCUUUUGUAUGUUUUUAUUAAUUUUAAAUUAUUAUUUAACUAGCCGCGCUUCUCAUCACUUUUCAUAAUUGUAAUUAAAAAUUCAAGUACCAAAAAAUACAAUUUUUUUUUUUUUUUUUUUUGGUAAAUAUAUUUUCAUUUUUCAUUAUAAUAAUAUAUAUUAUUACAUAAGUAUACUUUAAUAAAAAUUAAUUAUAUAAUAACGAUAAAAAAAUGAUAGAAAUAAAGUUUCGAAAUUUAUUUCUAAAUUGAAAUUCAUGGAAAUAAGGUUUAUUGAAUUUAGUAUUUUUUCAUCACUGGUUAUACACAAUUAAAAUGUACACAAUAAUUACACCAUUGAAUGGAGAUCGUUCGAUAAACCUUAGAUAAUUCAAUUAGAUAUUUUAGGGAAAAUUAUAUAUAGGAUAUAUACUACUUUGAAGAAAAAAAUAAAUAAAUAAAAACGCUCAAUAUUUAUAUAAAGUAUAUAAAAAUGUCAGAAGCUCAAAUUCAUAGAACACACAAUUCAUACUGCAUGUGUUUAUUUUAUUUACAAUUUUUUAAAUAAAAUUUUACAUUCAUUUUAAAGAUUAUAUUUUUUUUUUUCUUAAAUAUUAUAAUUGUUUUUUAAUUGCCAAUAUAUAAUAAAUAAUUUAAAAUAAUAUUGAUCAUUAUUUUUAAUUGCGCUACAUUUAUCUCGUGAACAAAUAAUUUUUUAUUUUAAUGUCAUUUAAAAAGAUGAAAAAUAAAUUAAUAAAUAAUCAUGUGAAAGCUUAUAUAACGAGCAGAUUAUUAUCCCUGUUAAUUUUUUUUUAUUUUUUAGUCUUAUUUGAUUGUUGGUGUUGUUUUCAUUUUUUUUUGAUAAUGUGGAGAAAGGAAAGAGGACAAUCGGUCGAUCCAGAAUGGUUGGAUAAUACAGUGAAAAAGUGAGGUCUUGUAAAAAUGAAAUAAAUGGUGUUUGAAAAAAAUAAAUUAAAUACAAUUAAAUUUAAAAAAAAAAAAACACAAGAAACUAUCGCAUGUCUUCCCGGGAGUAGCCUACGUCGUAAGACUAUUGCUCGCGCCUUGAAGUUUCUCGGGCGAGUUGGUAUACACGAACGGAACACGUCGAGGAAGGAGAUUGUUUGAUACUUUUUUUUUUUUUUAUUAUUACAGUGUAUUUUUCUUUCACGCUUUCGUUCAUCAUGGCUAUCCAUUUUUUUUUAUUUUUAUUUAUUUCAAGAAGAAAAAAUAAAAAUAUAAUUAAAAAAAAAAAAAUAAAUAAACGUAAAUAACUUUUUUAAUCAAAAAUAUCAAAAGGAAAAAAUAUAUAUUAAACUAUUUGAAAUUUCUUUUGUAUAUCACUGUUUAUGAAAUAUAAAAUAAGUGAAAUAAAAAUUAAAUAUAUAGUAAAUAAUUAUUUUAUUUUAAAAAUAAUAAUUCUGUUAUUUUUAUAUUUUUUUUAUUCAAUUUUGAAAUUCAAUUGAGAAUAACAAAGGAUAAAUUAAAUUUUAAAUUUAAAAUUUCAUUAUUUUUAUAAUUUUAUUUAUAUUUUUUUUCAACUAAAUUAAGUGUUUAAGUGAUAAAAUCAAUAUAUAGUCAGCCAAGUAUUGUUGAUUAUUAAAAAAAAUUGUUUAUAUGAGCAAGGGAUAAAUCGAUGUUUAGUCAGACAAGUUUAAAAGAAAAUUCCUACUUUUUAAAUUAUUCAAUUAUUUGUAAUGGCUUUUUUAAAUGAAUUUUUUCAUAGAGAAAUAUGUCUAAUGAAAGGAAAAAAAAUAUUGAAAAAGGUGAAUAAUUUAGCAAUGAAAAUGAAGAGAUAAAAAAAAAAAAGGAUAGCAGAUCAUCAAUGAACAUCCGGAGAUCAUAUCAAGUUUGUCUGUGCAGCUUCGUUACCCGAGGUUAAAUAGAAAAAAAAUAAACCCUUACCAAUCACCGGUCUGGUAACGAGAUGACUUGAAAAAUAUAUACUUAUUAACCAGAUGAAUGUUCACGCCAAUAAUCACGCUAAUAAUCAAUAAUCGAUAUUUUUUUUUUUUACAAUCGUGCAUGUCUACAUAGCAUCACUUGUAAAAUAAAAUUUCCAAACUAAUUCUCACGUGAUUCUUUAAUUUAGUAGAGCAUUAAACAACAAACAAAACAAAUUUUUUUCUUUCAUGAUAAAAACAUGUUUAAUUGCCAAACAUAAAUUUUGAAAAUAAAAUAAAAAUAAUGUUCGUUGACCUGACAUAAUGAAUUUAAAAGUUGUGGUUACGGUGAUAAAAAAUAAUUUCAAUCGUAACAUCAUAGUUUAGGAUGAACUCAAGCGUAUAGCGGAAAUGAUAAGGUCUUUGUUUAAUUCUUUAAAAGAAAAGAAAAAUAAAUAAAUUGCAAAUUUAAAAAAAAAAAUGGAUUGCCUAGAUGAAAGUAAGUAAAUAAAAUAUUAAAAACAAUAUUAAAAAUAAAAACUUUAUUCAGUAUUAUUUAAAUAAAUUUACAAAAGAAAAACUUAUAAUUUACUUGAAAUUGAUAGUAUUAUUACGACAAUCAGAAUCUUAUUGCUCCAAAAAAAAAAAAAAAAAAAAAAAUGAAAAAGAAACACAGUGAUCAAUUAUUAAGUAGAUGUUAGCUCAUUAACAAUCAUCCUCGGAGGAAUAAAAAAAAAAUUUAGUAAAUAAAAAAAAAAAUAAUAUUAUUAUCCUGUUUGUCUAAUCCAGUAAUCUUCCUCGACGAGAGCCGAAUGCGAAUUAAUAAAAAAUAUAUAAUAGUUAAUUAAUAUUCAAAUGGGUAGAAAAUAAAAUAAGCAAAAAAUAAAUAAAUAUGUAUAUUAUAAAUAAUGUAAAGCAAAUAGCCGAGGAAGGACAUUUUUUGUACACCUCAUUUUCUACAGUCACUGUCAUUCUCAAAAGAUAUUAUUAAAAAAAAUAUAAUACCAAUGAGAAGUAUUGAAAAACUAAGGAAUUAUUUAGCAACAUUUAAAAUUACAUAAUAGCUAAUAAUAACGAUAUUAAUAUCCCGAUCGUUUUGUUAUACAUCUUGUAAAUUUAGAGAAAUAUAAAAAAUAAAAAAAAAAAAGGGGAAUAGUAUUAUUUAAAAUAUAAUUGAUAGAAAAUAUAAAAUAAUAUACUAAUAAUAAAUAAUUAAAUCUACACAGUUUAAUGUUUGCGGUAUAAAAUUAUUACGGGUAAUUAAAAAAAAUUCUAGAUUUUUUUUAACUAAUCGAUUCGUAAAAAUUAAACAAAAAAUAAAAGGACUCGUGCCAAUAGAAUUUAAAAAAAAAAAAAAAUCAAUUGAAUAAAAGUAUAUUUAAAAUAAUAAUAAUAAUUAAAUAAACGCUAAGUGAAUUUAAAGUUUGUGAGACGUGAGAGAAGGUGAUUUUUUUUAGUCAAAUUGAAUAUACCUUAGAGAAAAUUGAUUAAUGAUAAUUUUAAAUUAAAGUGAUUGUAUAAAUGCAUGAGUGUGAAUAAUGAGUGUAAUUUAAUUUCAAUUUGAAUCGAGAUUUAAAAAAAAAAAAAAAUGAUAAAUUAAAUUAUCAGAUUGAAAUAAAACGUACAAUUGAUGAAUAAAUUGUGUGUUAAUUAUUUUACAAUAAUAGAAUUUAAAAUAAAACAAAAAUUUUGCAGUUUAAAAACAAUUGGAAUUAAAUAAAUAAUAAACAGUUAAAGGAAAAGAAAUAAUACAAAAAAAGAAAUGUUUAACCCAGUGCCUCUCAGGAAUUCAUUUGAAUUGAUCUGAUAAUCUUUUCCACGACAAAAUUUCAUCGGGUGAAAGUUAUCCUAAAAAAAUUAACGAAUAAACAAUCUAUUCAAAAUAAAAAUCAAUUGCCAAUUUAUUUAAUUAUGCUGAGUUCGUGUGUUUAUUAAUUUAAAAAAAAAAAAAAAAAACGACGAUGGUAUGUGAUAUAAUUGUAUUAAUAAAUUCCGAGUACUGCGAAAAAUAAAUAAAAUGUAAUUAGUUAUGUAUCAACAAGUUUAAUUUAUAUUUGAAAAAAAAAUUUAUAACUUCUCAUUUAAAAAACAAUUACAAGCCCAAUUUAUAUUACAAAUUAAUCAUCCACUUCUGCAUAUUUAAUCAUAAAUUUAUAAUACAAUUGUUUUGAUACUAGAAAAAAAUUUCAAAAUAAUUAUACCCUUUUUAUAAAUAAAAAAAUAAUUAAUUAAUAAUUAUUCAUUAACGUUAUAUGAAAAUGCAAUUAAAUAUUUUCCCUUUUUUUCUUUUUUUUCAUUAAUUUAUUUUUUCUUAUUUAUGUAAAAAUUAAUAUUCUUUUAAAUAUAAAAUAAAACUCAUUUAAUUAUCGUUAUUUAUGAAUGUCAAAAAAAAUAAUUUUAUCACUAUAAAAAAAAAAAAAACAUUGAAUGAUUGAAGUAUUGAUUUGGUAUAUAAAAAAAUUAAUAAUAUAAAUAUUGUAAAUAAAAAAAAAAAAUAAUUAAUAAUAAAUUAAAAACAAUUUAAAAAAAUAAAAACGAAAAAAAAUAAAUUGAAAAUAUAAAAAACAAUUAAUUUAAGAUUUCACGAUUCAUAUAAAUAUAAUCUUUCACAAAAUCUACUUUUAUCACAAAUCAUGAUGAGAAAAUACAAUUAUUAUUAUGAUUAUUAUUAUGAUUUAAAUAUUUUAUUAUUAUUUAUUGAAUAUUUAUAUUUCCAGUAAUUUUUUUAUUAAAAAUUGAUUGAAUAUUUAUUUCAUAAAAAAUAUAAAUUAUCUCAAAAACAACGACAAUUAAAAUUUUUUUGUAAAUGAAAAAUUAAAUUAAUUAUAAAUUUAGUAAUAAUAAUUAUAAUAAUAAUAAAAAUCUCUCACUGUCUCUGUAUAUGGCUCGACUAUCAAGUCCGUUUGUCUACGCCUGUGUUUGUAUGUAUUUUGUCUUUGCAUGUAUGCGUGUCUGUUACCCGCUGUCGUGUCUCAAAAUAAAUUUAAAAAAUGCAUUUGUAAAAAAGAAAAUAGAAAAAAAAAAAAAAAAAAAUCAACGUUGAUCAAUAAAUAUAAAUAAAUAUCUGUAUAAAUAAAUUCAUGUGAUUGUCAAACUAUUAAUUGUUUAAAAAAAAUUUGUGUAUUUUUUAUUUUAUAAAUUGUUAUUACAAAUUGUCACUGAAAAUUUAACAUCCACAAUUUCACUCCCAGCAAAAGAAAAAACAGAGAUGAUUUAUAAAAUUAUUUUGAGAAAAUUAUCAUGAUUUAUUAAUCAAAAAAUGAUGGAAAAAACAAGAAGGAUAAAUCAGGGGUGAAAAUUGUAGUUAAUUGAGAGGGAAAAAAAUAAAUACACGAAAAAGAAAAAAAAAAAAAAAAACUCACGUGGCUGGAUAAAAAUAAAUUGAUCAAGUGUGCCCAAUGUGUAAAGGAUUAAUUAUCAUAUUAAUAUGCCAUAAUUCUUAACAAGAAAAAUGCUGAAUAAUAUGAAAAUUAAAGAAAACAAAAAAAAAAAAAGUCUAAGCAUAACAACAAAAA